AUGCUUUGCUUUUGGGCUUUGCUUUGUUUUCUAUUCUUGGUGAUGCCAUGCAGCAUGUGGGAUCUUAGUUGCCCGACCAGGGAUCAAACCAGGAGGUCACGCACGAAGCGCAGCUGGGUGUGGAAUCAGUUCUUCGUGCUGGAGGAGUACAUGGGUUCAGACCCCCUCUAUGUAGGAAAGCUUCACUCUGAUGUUGAUAAAGGAGAUGGUUCCAUCAAAUACAUCUUGUCAGGCGAAGGGGCAAGUUCCAUUUUCAUUAUUGAUGAGAACACUGGGGAUAUUCAUGCUACCAAGAGACUGGAUCGCGAGGAGCAAGCCUACUACACGCUUCGAGCCCAGGCGUUGGAUCGGCUCACCAACAAGCCCGUGGAACCCGAGUCCGAGUUCGUCAUCAAGAUUCAGGACAUCAACGACAACGAACCCAAGUUCCUGGACGGCCCGUAUACGGCAGGCGUUCCCGAAAUGUCACCUGUGGGGACCUCAGUGGUACAGGUGACAGCGACGGAUGCUGACGAUCCUACAUAUGGCAACAGUGCUCGAGUGGUCUACAGCAUCCUGCAGGGUCAGCCAUACUUCUCAGUGGAGCCCAAAACAGGAGUCAUCAAGACCGCCCUUCCAAACAUGGAUAGAGAGGCUAAAGACCAGUAUUUGCUUGUUAUUCAGGCAAAGGAUAUGGUUGGUCAAAACGGAGGGCUUUCUGGAACCACGUCGGUCACCGUGACCCUCACUGAUGUCAACGACAACCCUCCUCGCUUUCCUCGAAGGUCGUACCAAUAUAACGUCCCAGAAUCCUUGCCAGUGGCUUCCGUUGUGGCCAGAAUUAAAGCUGCUGAUGCAGAUAUAGGAGCUAAUGCUGAAAUGGAUUACAAAAUUGUGGAUGGUGAUGGAUUAGGGAUUUUCAAGAUUGCCGUUGACAAAGAUACACAGGAAGGAAUCAUUACUAUACAGAAGGACUUGGAUUUUGAAGCCAAAACAAGCUACACACUACGGAUAGAAGCUGCAAACAAAGAUGCCGACCCCCGCUUUCUGAGCUUGGGACCCUUCAGCGACACGACAACCGUGAAGAUAAUCGUGGAAGACGUGGAUGAGCCGCCUGUGUUUUCCGCACCCCUGUACCCCAUGGAGGUGUCGGAAGCCACCCAAGUUGGGAAUAUUAUUGGCACUGUAGCAGCUCACGACCCAGAUUCUUCCAACAGCCCAGUGAGGUAUUCAAUUGACAGAAACACAGAUUUGGAGAGAUACUUCAACAUCGAUGCCAACAGUGGAGUUAUUACAACUGCCAAAUCUUUAGAUCGAGAGACGAACGCUGUUCACAAUAUCACAGUCCUUGCAAUGGAGAGCCAGAAUCCAUCUCAGGUGGGAAGAGGCUAUGUAGCAAUCACUAUCCUUGAUAUCAAUGACAACGCCCCUGAGUUUGCCAUGGACUAUGAGACCACUGUUUGUGAAAACGCCCAGCCAGGCCAGGUUAUCCAGAAAGUCAGCGCUGUUGAUAAAGACGAGCCAUCCAAUGGCCACCAGUUUUAUUUCAGCUUAACAACUGAUGCAACAAACAACCACAACUUUUCAUUGAAAGACAACAAAGACAACACAGCCUCAAUCCUCACCAGGAGAAAUGGUUUCCGGAGACAGGAGCAGUCUGUCUACUACCUGCCCAUCUUCAUCGUGGACAGCGGGUCGCCCUCCCUCAGCAGCACCAACACCCUCACCAUCCGCGUGUGUGACUGUGACGCAGACGGGGUCGCCCAGACCUGCAACGCCGAGGCCUACGUCCUCCCUGCCGGGCUCAGCACAGGGGCCCUGAUCGCGAUUCUGGCCUGUGUCCUGACCCUGCUGGUGUUGAUCCUCCUGAUCGUCACCAUGAGAAGACGGAAAAAAGAGCCCCUGAUUUUCGACGAGGAGAGAGACAUCCGAGAAAACAUCGUCCGCUACGACGACGAGGGCGGGGGCGAGGAAGACACGGAAGCCUUUGACAUGGCCGCGCUCAGAAACCUCAACGUCAUGAGAGACACCAAGACCCGCAGGGAUGUGACCCCGGAGAUCCAGUUCUUGAGUCGACCGACUUUUAAAAGCAUCCCGGAUAACGUCAUUUUCCGGGAAUUUAUUUGGGAGAGGCUGAAAGAAGCGGACGUGGAUCCCUGCGCCCCGCCUUAUGAUUCCUUGCAGACGUACGCCUUCGAGGGGAAUGGCUCGGUGGCAGAAUCUCUCAGCUCCCUAGAUUCCAUCAGCUCAAACUCUGAUCAGAACUACGACUACCUUAGUGACUGGGGGCCGCGUUUUAAACGCCUCGCAGACAUGUACGGGACCGGCCCGGAGAGCCUGUACUCAUAG